AUGUCAGAAAAUAUACAGGAGAAAAUUGUGGAAUUAAUUAAUCAAGCAUCACUUUAUGGUAAAGACAGUGUUAGAGUUCAACAUCUUCGACAUGUACAAGAACUUAUUUUACGGAAAGAUCCAAGUUUACUUGAUAAUUUUCUUGAGGAAGUACUUGGUUUUCAAAUAGAUAAAAGUCCAGAAAUUAGAAAAACUAUAAUAUCAUUUAUUGAAGAAGCAUGUCAACAUGAUCCUGAAGUUAUUGUUAAAGUUAUUGAUAGUCUUCGCCUUUUGCUUUAUGAUGAUAAUGUACUUGUACAAAAAAAAUUGAUUGUUAGUAUGAUUACAAUUUAUAGAUUGACAUUGAAGUGGCUUUCAAAAUCUCGACUUGUCGAUGAAAAUGUACGUAGUAUGUGGGAAAGUAUGGUUAACAUGAAAAUUCAUAUUAUGGCAAUGUUAGAUUCAGAUAAUGAUGGACUUCGUACAGUAGCAAUUAAAUUUAUUGAAAUGCUUGCACUUGUUUUAUCAAGACGUUCACAAGAUUCAAUAAUACCUACAUCAAAUGAACAAGAUUUUUCACUUAAUUUAUUACAAGAUGAUCAUCGAAUAUUACGUCGUAAUAAACUUGAACAAGAAGGAAAAGAUGUUAUGGAAAAAUUACUUGAAUUUACUCUUUCACAACAUUUAUCCAGUGUCAAUCUGAUAGCUGCAAUGGGUGCAAUAGCAAAUAUUGCUCGACAAAGACCAGAUUAUAUGAG